GUUGUGUGACCGUGUCGUCACACCUGAGCACUGACACACACACCGUGAGUGUUCCGGUGUCACGUGGUUCUAACGUGUGUUUGUGUUCUGGAGGUUCGGGGAGUUCGAUCCGUCCGGAUCGGUUCUCUGCUGAUAAGCCUGUGCGGCUAGCUCGCAGCUAGCUUGUUACGCAGUAGCAGUCGGUCGUCGCGCACGAACCGGAGCGACGCGUCCCACCGAGUUUCUCCGGUAACGGUCGGUUUGUAUGAGCGGACUCCACCGGCAGGGACCGACGCCGCUCGGCAGGACCGCCGUGAACCUCCGAUGUUCGCGGGAAACGGAGUUUGACCCGCGGCCACAUUUCCGUCUCUGUUAGCUGUUAGCUGUUAGCCUCGGUGCAUGAAGCCUAGACUCUGCAUGGCGACGGACUGGCAGCAGCAGGAGUGAGCAGCCAAUCAGUGAAGGCCUCUGGUAGCAUCAUGACGUCCCGUCAGAGGAACUCGGUCCGGAUCCUGUCGAGCCGGGAGCGAGGCUCCCAGACAUUCGGCUCUCAAAGGCUGCUGCAGCUGCUGGUGGAGGAGAAGGUCCGCUGGAUGAAGUGGCAGAGUCAGAAAGUGGAGCUGCCGGACAGUCCUCGCUCCACCUUCCUGCUGGCCUUCAGCCCCGACAGGACGCUCAUGGCUUCCACGCACGUCAACCACAACAUUUACAUAACGGAGGUGAAGACUGGAAAGUGCCUACACUCCCUUGUGGGCCACCGUAGGACCCCCUGGUGUGUGACCUUUCACCCCACAAUCCCCGGCCUCGUGGCCUCCGGGUGCCUUGAUGGUGAAGUCCGCAUCUGGGAUCUGCACGGCGGCAGUGAGAGUUGGUUCACAGAGAGUAACGUCGCCAUCGCCUCCCUCGCCUUCCACCCAACCGCUCAGCUGCUCCUCAUUGCCACCAACAACGAACUCCACUUCUGGGACUGGAGCCGGCCCGAGCCCUUUGCCGUGGUCAAGACGGGCAGCGACACAGAGAGAGUCCGGUUGGUUCGGUUUGACCCGCUCGGUCACAAUCUGCUGACGGCGAUCGUGAAUCCAUCCAAUCAGCAGAACGAGGAGGACUCCGAGGUUCCGAUGGACAGCGUGGAGAUCCCUCACUUCCGUCAGCGCUCCUUCCUUCCUUCCCAGCCGGUCCGCCGCACGCCAAUCCUCCACAACUUCCUCCACAUCCUGUCGUCUCGCUCUCCAGGCGCUCAGGCGGGCAGCGAGCAGCCACGCCCUCUGGGUGAGAAUGGAAGUAAUGUUGGAGAAUCUCCCAGCAUGCCUCUGGCUCAGUACCCGAGCUCUGAGCGCGGGCCGUCCUUCCCGGGCUGCACGCAGCACCUGGGCCUGGUCUGUCUGUGCAGUCGCUGCUCGGUCAGUCGAAACUCUUCCCUGGCCGCCAACACCUCCGCCUCUGAUCCGCCCCAGCCUCCUCCGGCCUCCACCUUCUCUUCAGCCCGCACGGAGCCCAGGCAGCCCUCGGAGCGACCCUCCGCCUUUACCUCAGUCUACUACAGCGCUACGAGUGGCAUUGAGCCGCACUCCACCUCCAGACCAGGACCCGACUGGACCCGUAACCUGCUGAGCAUGAGGGAGGGCGGGGUGGGUCCAGGCAUGCUGCCUCCCAGAACCUCCUCUUCCUCCAUCAGCCUGCUGUCAGUGCUCCGUCAGCAGGACAGCUCCUCUCAGUCCCCCGUUUACACCUCCGCCUCUGAAGGGCGGGGCUUCCCCCAGCAGGGCGAGCUGGGAGCGCGAGACGGUGCCGGCACGAGCAGUGGCCAUCACCCGUUCUGGGAUGGCGCUCGCAGCAACACGGCGUCCUUCCGUAAUGUGCUGCAGUGCAACCUGAGCCGCUACUUCAUGGAGUUCGACCGCAUGCAGGACCUGGAGCCGCCUUUAGGGGGCGGCAUGGCGGACGGAGGACAGGAGCAGAGCCAGGAGCUGCUGAAUAAUAACAUGGACCCAGAGAGACCCGGGCCGUCCUCAUCCUCCUCCACCUCCUCCCCCACUAUCAUCCACUACCAGCCUCCUCUCCCACCUCCUCCCACCUCCCACAGCCUGGAGAACAAUGUUCCUCCGCCUGCGUCCCGAGGACACCUGAACCGCUGCCGGGCUUGCCACAACCUGCUGACCUUCAACCACGACUCUCAGCGCUGGGAACGCACCAACCAGGCCUCCUCCACCUCCGCCUCCACUAUGGAGCCCUCUGGAUCCACCUCAUUCCCUCCUUCGUCUUCCUCCCCGUGGCAGCCCGAGGAGGGCCGGAGGACACUUGAAGCCCAACCCCAGGAGAGGAGGGUGCCUCCGGAGCCCAGUGAGCAGCCGCCUCCCCCCGGAGGUGGAGGAGCAGGAACAGUUGCCUUCCCGAUAGCACAGACGCCCAGCCAGCCUGGAGAGCAGACAGUGGGCCUGGUGUACAACCAGGACACGGCACAGUGGGAGAGGGUGUACCGGCAGGCUGCUGCCGGCAGGUCGGCAGAGCCGCCAGAGGCCUUAAGCCAAGAAAUGCCUGUUGACCCCCCAGACGAGGACUCCCUGAGGAGACGACUGCUGGAAUCAUCUCUGCUAUCACUGUCACGCUACGACAUGUCAGGAUCAAGAGACCACCCCAUUUACCCCGACCCCGCCAGACUGUCUCCAGCUGCUUACUACGCCCAGAGGAUGAUCCAGUAUCUGUCGAGGCGGGACAGCAUCCGUCAGCGUUCGCUCCGCUACCAGCAGAACCGCCUCCGGGCCAUGUCGUCUUCAUCCGACAGCACGGCCAGCAACCCGUCCAACUCCAUGGACAACAGCGACGUGGACUUUGAGGAGCUCGAUGAUAACGGAGACCGAGCUCGGCACAGGACGCCACGUAACGCCCGGAUGUCUGCGCCUUCACUGGGUCGAUUCGUUCCACGGUGAGUCCACACGGAUCAACACCUGGAGUUUGAUCAACACCUGGGGCCCGUUGCACAAAACUAGGAUAA